UUGACACCUGUGUUUUCGGAGAUCGGCAUCUUGUAAAGGUAUUUUAGGGAGAAAGAAGUCCUAGCAUUAGCUCACAUAUUUCCAUGUUUUUACUAGUUUUUUUUUCUUUUCUUCAAGAAAAUUAAUUGUGAUCGUACAAAAAAAUAUUUUUCCCCCCCUCAUAACUUUCAGGAAAAUAAAGACAGACUCCUCUGAGACAAAAAAAAAAACAAACAAAUCUUCUGAAGAUAAAGUUAUUUUAUUGAUCCAUUUAUUUUUCUUGAAGAAAGAAGUCCGUCUUAACAAUUCCAUAUUUGUAGUAUUUGUCUGGCUAAAAAGCAAAUGGUCCCGUCGUGGAAAAAAGUAGCAAUGGCAUGAAAGGCGAUUGAUGCUUUGUUCCUGGUUUCGGUGUCGGCAGCGGCUGGGCCCCACCCUGGGGUGCAAAGGUCGUCGGUCGGCUCGGCGCUCGCCUCCCCGCGUGCACGCCUGCGCUCCGGCUUGAAGGAGGUCGUCGCGUCUUGGAAGUGGCCCGUCCGUCUCGGGAAGCUUGUCCGACUUGGGCGUCAAAGUUUGCCUUCGUCCUGCUUCGGUUGCCGGACGCGUUCGCAGUCACAAGCAUGGAGUGGUCGUGGCUGCAGACCGGAUGACGGGUUGUGGCCGGAGAAGGGCGUCGCAGCAUUUCCUGCUCGUGAACCCUGAGUGAGAGUGACGACGGGGGACCGACCCCGCGACCGCCCACCGCCCCCCGGCCCGUCCCAGCCCCGCGCCUCGCCUUUAAAUAGCGCAGCCUGCGGCUACUGGGUCAUCGUCGCCCGAAGAUGAGCUGGCUCAGCAGGUUGACGCCGCGCACCCCCGCUGCUCGUCCGGGACGGGGCGCCACCCCCCAGGAGGCGCCUUCGUGCACCGCCGACCCCGAGACCUGCUUCAUGGUCUUUGAGAACCACUGGAGACAAGUGUCGCGCGUGCUGGACCAGAGCGAGCUGUCACGCUCCACCGACGACCUGAUCGCCGUGAGGAACCACACAGACCAGAUGUUCUGCCUCCUGGCCGAGGAGCGGCCCCCGCAAGGCGGCGGCGGCGACGACGGCGGCGGCGAAGGCGUGGGGCCCAUCCUGCAGCUGGUGGUCCGCGAGGGGGUCCUGGAAAGCCUUCUGCGGUGGCACCUCCGCGGCGACCCCGACGCGGACAGCCUGGGGGCGCUGCUCAAGCUCUUUGAGAUGCUGAUUGGCCAGUCGCAGCAGGCCUUGCUGCGACGCCCGGCCGUCCUGCACCCGCUGCUCAGGGUGGUGGGGGCCUGCGCCCACUCGGAGCGCGGGUGCCCCCCCGCGCUGGAGAACAGCCUGGUGCUGCUCCUCAAUCAGGUGUGCGUGCGGGUGGCGCGCGAGCCGGCGCUGCUGGAGACGUUGUUGCGGGCGGCUCCGGCGCAGCGGGGCUCCUCCGACCUGCCGCUCUUCUCCCUGCUGGUGCCCUUCAUCCAUCGCGAGGGCGCCGUCGGACAGCAGGCGCGGGACGCCCUGCUGCUGGUCAUGGCCACCUCGGCCGCCGACCGCGCCGUGGCGCGCUACAUCGCGCACAACUCCUACUUUUGCCCCGUGCUCGCGACGGGUCUGAGCGCGCUCUACUCCUCGCUGCCCCGCAAGAUGGAGGUGCACGGGGACGACUGGCACGCUUUGCGGCGCGAGGACUGGAUGGGGGUGUCGUCGCUGGCGGUGUUCAUGAACUCGCUGGAGUUCUGCAACGCGGUGGUGCAGGUGGCCCACCCCAUGGUGCGCUCGCAGCUCCUGGACUAUCUGCACAACGGCUUCCUGGUCUCCGUGGUGGCGCCCGCCCUCUACAAGUCGUCGGUGGAUGAGAUGAUUGCCAGCACGGCCUACCUGGACCUGUUCCUGCGCAGCGUGAGCGAGACAUCCCUACUCAAGACCUUCCUGCGCUUCAUCCUGCUGCAUCGCCUCGACGACGACUCCAUUCUGGACACGCUGCUCACGCGCAUCGGCGGCAACUCCAGGCUCUGCAUGGUGUCCCUGAGCCUCUUCCGGACUCUUCUGUCGUUCAACUGCGAAGACAUCAUGCUGCAGCUGGUCCUCAGGUACCUGCUCCCGUGCGGCCACGUCAUGCUGAGUCAGCGCCGCGCCAUCCGGGAAGCCGACAUGUACGGCAAAUGCGCCGACAAGUUCCUGUCGCUCAUCCCCGAGUGCUGCCGCACCGUCGCGGCGCCCCUAGCCGUGCGGGAGGAGGACGCCUCUUUCAGGGGCAAAGCGGCGGUCUACAGUGCGGACGGGGAGUCCCCGGCGCCGCCCAGACCCAGCACGCCGUCCCGCUUGGCAUUUUUCAUCCGCCAGCAGAGCGGCGGGACCCCGACGGGGGCUCCACCCGGCCCCGGCGGCUCGGAGUCUCCGCAGUCGGCCGCCCCCGACAGCCCCGCGUACCGGCCGCAGCCUGAAAUUGCGGCGUGGGAUUCAGGCUACCUGGAUUACCUGAAGGAUGCCCGGCGAAGCAUUGAGCUUUGCUCCUGGGCGUGUCGGGACUGGUCGGCGCCCUACGAUGGUGAGAAGCCCUCCCCGAGCGCCGCGCCGCUCCCCCCGGGCCCUCCCACGUACGCCCCCUCUACGGCCGCGUACCCCGAGCACUCGUGCCUCCAGCCGGGGGGGCUCGCCAUCGGCCAAAGCGACCGCAUCCCCCUUACGCCGCGCUCCAAGAAGCGCAGCUUGCAGCAGCGCGACGAACUCCUCCAAAAACCCGCUCCUCCGCACCUUCGCCUGGCGCCUUUGCCCACUUCCCCGCCGGCGCCAGACAACCCCGCCGCCACCUCCUGCGCGCCUUUGUUCAACGGCACGGCGGGGCCGGGGAGAGAGCUGGAGGCCAAGAAGGCGAAGCGACACUCGGACCACGAGGAGUUUUUGGACGAGAACGCCAAUCAAAACGGAUGCCCGAGCAAAGAUGCCGGCGAUGCCCGCACGCCGCUGCCCGACGCCGCCGACGCCUCCGCCCAGCAGCGCGCGCCGACGGUGGAGAGCCUCAUCCGGGAGCUUCUGGAGCAAUCUCCCGGCGAGGCGCGGCCCCCCGACCACGCCGACGUUGAGGGUAUCAGCAUCGAGGCCUUCACCAGGGAGCUGAAGGAGCUGGAGGCUCGGGCGACGCCGCCUCCUUGCGCCGUGGAGACGUCCCCGGGCGACCGGCGCCGGCAGGACAAGGAUCUGGAGGAGAAAAUGUCCGCCGACGUCAAGGGGGAAAGUUCCGAAACGGGCGUCUGCAGUCCCGCCAGGCCUCUCGCUCUCGUUCAGGGCUCGUGUCAGCCGUACACGGGUCCGCUGAUGGCGGUGCUGCUCGCCAAGCUGGAGAACAUGCCGCACAACUCGCUGUACGUCAACAUCCUGCUGACGGGCAUCGUGGGGCGGCUGGCGUGCUACCCUCAGCCGCUGCUGUGCUCCUUCCUGCUCAACACCAAUAUGGUCUUCCAGCCCAGCGUCAAGUCCCUCAUCCAGGUGCUGGGCUCUGUGAAGAACCGCAUCGAAGCCUUCGCCGCCUCCCAUGAGGACUUCCCCGCCAUGCUGAGGAAAGCCCAGCAGUACCUGGUGGCGCGCGGCAAGGUGGACUGGAGCGAGCCGCCCGGCGCCGUCCCACCCCUUCGGCGCUCGGAUUCGCUAGUCAAGAGCCGCAAGUCGUCCCUAAGCGAGCUGAUCCUCCGCCACACCAGCAGCCCCACUCGGACCCGCAGCGCCGCCCAGAUGGCUCUGGCCCACGUGCGGGUGGGCGGCCAGACGCUGCACAGCGCUCUGUUCCGCGGCGGCGCCGGAGCGUCCAGUCUGGAGAAGCAGGCGGAGGCGCUGCGCGUGAAGAACGCCGUCUACUGCGCCGUCAUCUUUUGCGAGUUCCUCAAGGAGCUCGCCGCCCUCGCCCAGGAGCACGCCGUCGCCUUGCCCUUCGCUCGCACUGACGCCGAGGAGUAGUACAUGGCCGAGGGUCGCGCGCCGAGGGCUCCGCUCCAUGAAGUGGACCUCAACUGUGCCCGCAGGUAGACACUUUAGACGAGCUUCCGAGGAGAACCGGCCCCUUGAGGAGUGGAGGACUAGAAGUCGAUGCCUUGGAAUACAUGCGGAGGGGUAGGGACUGCGAGCAACGGGCGUGGAGGUCGAGAUGCCCGGAUUCCGACUAGGAGGAAUAGAUGGGUCAAAGACAAAGGGGCUCGGUUUGGACCAGUUGCAGCCGGUUUUGGUCCAUUCGGGCUCAGUAAGUUGCCCUUGCGGCCGCUUUGGUCCAGUGACGGCCCAUCAGCCAACAGUUUCGGACGACGGGGCCAAAAUUCGGAGGUUAUCUCUGCAGCGUCUUUUGACUCCAUCCUGCUAGCAUUUGGUGCUAAUUGCCAACAAGGCACUUGCAAACACUAACGGUCUUUUGGUCUUUUGUGUCACGUGUGGAAGCAUUUGGCGCUGAACAAAGAAAAAGGGAGGGAGAAGAGCUUUUCGGACUUCCUCUCGUAAGAAUGUUUGUCGAUGAGACUUUUGUCUUCCUCCAUUAAUGUUCCGGAGGCGAUUUGUCCCUCCUCCCAUAGUCGUGACAUCAUCUCUUUUAAUGUUCAACCAUCAAGUGAAAAGCAAAAGUUGAUUGGAGGUUGGUUCUGACUCUCAAAACAAACAAAAACAGUGUGUGUGCAAGGCGGAGGCACUUGUCUCCUCGUCUACAUGCCAAGUGUGGUUGGUGUUGAUUUUUCUUGUUCCCGUGCCAUGUUUGACUCCUCACCCGAUCAAAUGUUUCAUCCAGUUUGCAACUAUGCAAAAACGUGGCGGCAGUCAGCACCUGAAAACUGCGCGUGUAAAUUUUGUCAGGCAAACAACAAACAAAUUAUUCUGUACGAAGGAGAAACACGGAAGACGUAAAAAAGGAAUAUUUUUGUACAUGAUUGCCAUUGCAUGUGUGUGUGAUGGGUGGAGAACAAUCUGUCACGAAAAACAAAACACUAAAGGGAAUGUUUUUAUUAAUUUAUAAAGUCUUUGUUAGCAACGAG